AUGUUAGUCACAAAUACGGCUUUUACCUACAUGGUGAACCAUGUUUUCCUGCCUCCCAAGCUCCCUGAAGGAGAUGAUUGGGAAGCCAGCCACAGCAAGGCACUGCAGUCGAACAUCAUGGCGUGCAUCGAGAAGUUUGCGACCUACGUUACACUUGGCAAUCGUGCGUUGAUGCGAUCUGCAGCUUCAAUGAUUCGACGCAUGACCCAAGCCCAGAACGAGCAUGGUUAUAUACACUGUGAUAAGCUCGAGCAGGUCCUCGACGAGAUCGGCGAAAAUGUCUCUGGAGAAGCAGUCUGUAUCAACGUCGUUUCUCAAAACGCCGGUGUUCUAAUCGGCAGACAUCAAGACUCGGUAUACGUCGAGUCCUUCGAGCUGUCACCACUCAACUCCGCUGUCAUGAAAUCGCCUGGUAGGCUUCGCCGCUACUUUCCGGGGCCUGCCAUGGCCAUUGAGCUGGGAGCGUUUCGUGACCGGGAGUUCCAGAAAUCUUUUGCAGAGGUUCUGCACAAGCUUUGCCACCAGAGCUGCCCCGACACUCGUCCUCUGGUCAAAAAGGCCGGACAACUACACGAGGAGACACGUGACACCGUCGACCCAGUGUACGUAACCGAAUUCAUGACUGCCUUUUUGGGGCCUGUCACCAAGCAUGUUGAUGACAUCACGCAAGGAGUCUGGAAGAACACACGUGACGAAAUCAUGUGGCACAAGAGUUUCAUGCCCUGGCGCCGAUCGCCAGUGUGGCUGCUUCUCCGGGUCUCGCUACAGCUCCUUCUUGGCCACGAAGCAGCGUCGACAUCCCAGGCUAAAUGCCUCUACAAGUCAUUGAUGCUAUUUUUCACUGCCUCGUUGCUCAUGGACGGUCUUUUUCACCAAGACCUGUCUAGCGACAUGAUCGAGAUCAUGAGGUUCAAGGUUGCUCGACGUAAACAUAAACUACUUGCUGCUUUCCAGGGUGAAGUGGAAGAACAAGUAAUUUCAUUCGCAGACAAGGCAAUGACUGACGCCGCUCGAGAGUUGAUCAGCCGUCAGCGUCCUUUUGUUGCAAACAAAAGCCCCGACAAUAAGCUACGUCGCCUUGAGUCGGUCAAUUUUGUCAAUGACACGGUUUACAGGUUGAAGAACCUUGACGAAUUUAUUAAGUCCAUAUCAGACCGGACUAUGAGCCUGGAUAGAGCUUCUUUCUGCCCGCCCGCGUACAUGUCAACUUUCAGCAAAGGCUCAUUGCCUGAUCUUUCUGGAUGGUCGACUUUCGAUAUUCAUGGCUAUACGGCCUUCCGUCUUGCAGAGGUCGAAGCAUGGGUUUCUGACCACCUGGAUGACUGGUUAAGCCAGGCCAUGAUAAGUGAAAAGGCGUGUUCCGAACUCUCUGACCUGAUCACAACCUAUGAGAGAAUCGCUACAUCGGUUUACAAAACAAACUCCGAAGGAAGGUCAAUCAUGGUACUGGUCCUGAUUGAACUCUGGGUUGCUUGCGACAAAAUAGCAACAGGUCAAAUCCCACUGCUGGAGCAAUAUGACCUUUGCAUUCCUGCAGGACUGUUCGAAUCCUUCCUGCUGCCCUUCCGUGAACAAAUGGCCAGACUGAACAGGGUAGAAGAAUACCUCGAAAGACGGUGUAGGGCAGCCGACCAGUUGCUUCCUUGUAUUCUCAGCUCGUUUGGUGACCCCCAGUCCUUUGCCGUACGCUUCUACAGCCAAUCGACCCAUCACCAGAAUAUGCUGGUCGAGAUAGAGUCCAAGGCUGCAAAGCAGCGCAGAGCGAAGAUCGCCGAGCUUUCCAAAGUUCAGGCAGAGUAUCGGCGCCUUCACAACCUUUUCGAGUCAGAAAACUGUCGAUAUGUCGAGCUGUUGAACAAAAACGGUCGGCCGUACACAACCCAUUCGCGCAGCUGUUCCAGAUGCUCGUACCAGAGGCAAAUGAAGGCUUUGAAUAUCAGCAUUCACGAGUGGCCUCUGCCGCGGAGCAAAAUGAAGGCUCAAGCAACUGUAUUCGAACUCUGUGUUCCCGUUCCUUUUUCAGAAUGGCGGGACAUUACCACUUUUAUCCUCCUCGACGUGCUGAAAUGCCAGUAUGGGAAAGUCAGCAUUGGACGACAGGAGCAAAGCCUCGGCACGUACCCGGCCCUGUCCGAGUUUCGGGCACCGUCUUGUGCCGAUCAACGCAUCGGUCUAGAGUCAUCGACCAAGCCCAGCGCGAGAACACACCGAGUAAGGAAGCCUGUGCCGAAUCUCGAAGUUGACGACGUCUGCGUUAACAACGGCCUGGAGUAUCAUUACUUUGAUCAGAGCUGCUCGGAGUACGUCACCAGAAUACAAGUCACACAAGACUUGCCAAAGCUGUGCACAUUCAAGCUCCCACCGGAAUCCAAGGUGCUUGAGAAGUACCUGUUCCGGCCCAGCAUGUGCCCUGCCGGGCCUGUUCCGAACGCUGCCAUCGCGAACCAAGCCGAGUGUCCCCCUCACCUGUCAAUAGAGGAGUACAAGGGUCUCUGUUCCAUCGUCGCAGGCAACAAGAUUCAAUGGCAAAAUAUACUUCUGCAGUUGGCGAUGCCCAGCGUCAGCUUCCGGAGGGCAGAGACGGGCUGCACGGUGCUCCAGGCGAUGUACCAGGCUGGUCCGCCCGAUCAUAAAAAGACAACGCUGCGGCAGAGCCACUCGAUCCUUGGUAAUGCAAAAUUCUGUGCCGAGUUUGUGGUCCAGCUGCGGCUGGCCACAAGGCGUAUAAAGCAAAACUGGGAAUCGGCACCGGCCCUGGCCGUCUUUAUAUCCGCGGCCACUCGAAUUCUUUCGCUCUCUAGCGACGCGCAGGUCCAGGACUCCUGCUUCGAAUUUCUUGCCGAGGCUCGCCAGACCGCGUUUGACUGGCUGGAAAAAGUACGCGCUAAAGAAACAUGCUCGGUGAAUUCCGGGGAACCUGAGAUGGAACUCAAAGCCAGGUCGGCCGAGAUUGCUCUGAUAUGCACCGCGACAUUUGACGUCGAGGAGCCCUACUUUGGGCGCCUGUUGACAGACGAAGAGAGCGCAUCAAUUUUGCUACAGUCCUGCACAGCUGUCCAGGAGUGCCUUGACCAUGACAAAACUAACUCACCAUCGGAUCUUCGAUGGAAGAGGCUUUGCCAUCGGGCUCACAGGAUCCUUUCCCGAUUGACCGUUUCUGGAAAGAGCAGCGCGCUCGACAGGGCCAUACACUCGGCCUGGCCGGCAUACAGUGGCGGCACUGGGUGGAAUCCAGUAUCCGAUACUGCAUAUUACUGGCUCGAGACGUCGACCGAGUCGGUUUGCGGCCGUUCGCUGGCCGUCCAUUUCAACUUGCUGACCGCGGAGCUGCUCGUGAACGGGUCUCCGCUGUCGCGUCUUCCCAGCGACUGGGAAAGCCAUCCCACUUACCGGACGCUCUUUGGCAACCAGAUCUUGGACGUUAUGCCAUCAAACGUUCCGGGAAUGCGGUUUUCGGUGAAGAAGGCUGUAUCUGGUUAUGUUUUGAACCUUGGCCUUCAAUCAUCCGGAAUUGGAUCUGAAGAUGAAGACUUGAUCAUUUCGGCCAAGAGGCUCAAUGCAGGACCGGACGCCUCUAUAUAUCAUCUGGUACCGGCUAGGGUAUUCAGAAAUAAGUUACCUGAAUCUUUUGUUACCGGACAGUCUCACUGGUAUAAUGAUGUGAGGAAGUCGAUUGAGUUCUGCCCAAAGUCUAGCCCGUGGGAAUCUCUAGGCCUUGGCACAGGUUGGACCUUGGCACCAUUUGACGGUGACGAAUGGAGGUUACAGACUUUCAACUAUCAGCUGCUUUCACCGCUGAGCUCAACAGCAGAAGCUGUGGGCGCAUGUCUGCAGGCAAUUGAAGACAUUGAGUACAUGCACCUGAUGCUCGAGGAGAGCACUGGAACGCUCAAAAUCGAACUCCCUAGACUUGAUCUCGGAUUCCGUCUUGCUCCCGGAUCAACAGGGAUGCAGUCUGUCCAGUUUCGAGGCAUGCAAGUGGACUCGGAUCAGUCUUUGGGCACUCUUGGUGGGCUAGCCAGCAAGCUCCUGCUUACCAGCAAAUCAAGAGAAAAGCGGGCUGUCAUCAUCCCGGACGGACAUGUGGGAUGGCGAGAGAGCGACCGUCACGUUAUUGUCGACAUAGCAAAGGGCUCUGCCUCUCGGACUCACUUCUACGAUAUUGACAUCCUACUCGGCCGACUGCAAGACAACGGAAGUCUCCGGAGCAAGCUAAAAAUUGCUUACCUCCACGGCAUCACAUCAUUCACCAUCCCAGAUCCCCUAACCAGCUGCACGGGCACAGAGCAGGCCUUGUCAAUCCUCCAAUCAUCUGCCGUAAAGUCCAUGUCGUCAAAUCUUUCCGAGGAUGACGUGCAACUACUCGGCAAGAUAAGCCGCCUGACACCUUCGAGGCAGUUCUACCCCAGAGACCUCUGCGUUAUGCAGGAGGUGACGUGGCUUCCAGGGUUGAGCUUCCUGUCCCAGCCUAGCCACUAUCACGUCGAGGCGAUGGGGAUUUUGGAGCAUGCGGAAGUGCAGAGCACUUUCUGCACGAGCAGCAGGACGAAGGAGCGCAUGCGCGACUCGGUGAAGCGCCUAAAAGAGGCGCAAGAUCUGGACUCGAGCCUGCUGUUGCGAGACAUGGUAAACACCGCCUGGGUACGAGUUUCUGGCUUUGGUGCCGACAAUUUCACCACUCAGCACGACAGGACCUACGCCAGCAGAGACCGGGCUCGGUUCGAACCUGGAGAAUACGAUUGCUUUGCCAUGUCAUCGGCCAUAUACUCGGGCGAGGCAGUUCUUGCGAGAGAGCCCGGGAGUGAGCUGCAUAUGCGGCUAUGGAAUCUCUUUGAGAAAUUUGGCCCAGUCUUGGGGCCAGAUCAAGCGCGGCCUUCAUCUCAUUUAGAAUUUGAUGCUGCCUGGCUACGAGAUCUGCCCGCGGCCUUUGCACAGCAUUGGUGCUGGAUGCACAAGGUACUGAGCUGUCAACGCUCUGAAUUUACCCGAUUCCAGCUCAUGUCAUGGCUUUCUGCCAUGGCGUUUGCGGCAAGAAAGGCUAGGAAUCCAAGCAUUCAAGAUCACGGGCUUCUCCAGGUGUUGCUAGCAUUCGCUCUAGUUCCUGAGAUGGCGCAGAUUAUCCCUCCUUCUGUCCACAGGUUCGACGUCGCAGAAGGUUAUCAGUUCGACAAAGAUGUUUCCAGAGCCAUAAUUCGCGAUUUCCUCCGGGGCUUCGGCCGUCUUUCAGAGUUGGAUACCCCACGCAAUCUUGAUGAGACGAAAGAGGAGUACGAUGAGCGGCGCCGAGACAGAUUCGAGGAGCGUCAAAGCGAAAUCGUGGAAGACUUUAUCAGAAACUUGCGGGGGCAGUGGCCGUGCCGGCAGCCGGCCAUCGCCCCACAUUUACUGGACGAAAGCGUAACCAAAUAUAUCGACAUUCGGUCUGCUGGAACAAUAAUUGUGAAGCAGUUCCACACAUGGUACGACAACCUUCUUUUCUUCAGAUAUUUGGGUGCCGUAACCAAACUCACGGCCAGUCAGCGAAUUGUCACUUUCGCCAACAUCGCGAGGCCGAGUAGCGCAGUCGUCCCUCACAACUAUGAUGGGGUCUGGGAGGUCUACACGACUAGGGGAGGUUUCAUCUCAGUUUCCCAGGUUUUUUCCCAGAAUCAGCCCCUAACCGCUCCAUUUCGAUCUCGUCACGUCUUAGAUAUGCCUGAGACGACAAAGACAGCGUCAAACAAAGCCCACUUGCCUGGAGGAAAUUUCCGCAUUUGGGAGCUUGUGAAGAGACUCGAGUCACAAGCCGUGUCAGACUUUCAAAAACGCUAUGCAACAGAUUUGAAGGGAAGCAUUCAGGCCCUGGAAUCCAGGUUUGCCGGUCCGACAGCCGGUCUAUCUGGUAAUGAUUGUGCGCUUCUGAAGACAGAGCUUGAAUCAUACAAAGCGACAUGUAUUCGCCACAUGAACUGGUUACUUUCCAUCUUGGAGGCUUCCAUCGGUAUCGAUGGUGACCCAGCGACUCAAGCCACCAGGCCCCUGCCGAGAAUCUCGGGCAAAUUCUUCAUAUCUCAGCUUGCAGCCGACCGAUGGAAACUGCUUCCGGACGCAUGGAAAGAACCAAUCGUUGAAUACGGCCUGGCGAUACACCAAGUCCAGCGGGCGGAGAGACUGUUGGCUUUGGCGUCCCCCGAGCGGCAGCACGAGCUGACCGCUGAACUCAGCGACCCCGGACAUAGCAACUGGGACCCUUUAGAGCUGCCGCUGGUGCUUUUGAUGGAGAUCGAGACAAACAUGACCAUCCGGGCGAUCCAGAUGUGUAUAGCCAAGGAGAUGAUCAGUCCUCCCGGGCACCAGAACGCCUCCAUGCAGCUCAACAUGGGCGAGGGCAAAUCAUCAGUAAUCGUACCUGCGGUGGCCGCUAUCCUAGUCUCCUUGAGGGAGAGCCUGGUUCGUGUCAUCGUCGGGAAACCACAAUCGAAGCAAAUGUUCCAGAUGCUUGUUGCAAGACUAGGUGGUUUACAAAACGUCGUCGUCCAUCGGCUUCCCUUUUCACGUGAUCUCCGUCUGGGCAUCGACGAUGUGGCCACAAUAUAUCGGUACCUGAAAAACUGCGCCAUCACUGGUGGUAUCUUACUGGUCCAGCCCGAGCAUAUUCUCUCAUUCAAACUCAUGGGCUUUGAGUGUCUCGCGAACUCGGAAAGCGUAGAAAUGGGCCAGUUGCUCUUGGAAACACAAGGAGAUUUUGACCGUAACUCGCGGGACAUUGUGGACGAAAGUGACGAAAACUUUAGCACCAAAUUCGAGCUCAUUUACACAAUGGGCAUCCAGAGGCCGCUGGCGUUCAGCCCGGGGAGAUGGUUGCUUUUGCAUCACGUCCUCGAUGUGGUUCGGCAGGUCUGUCCUUCUCUGGUCCACGAAAUGCCUCGGGCCAUCGAAUAUUCUGACCAGCAUGGGCCUAGCUCAUUCCCAUUCAUCCGGAUCCUGGGAGGCAGUGAGACUCAGUACCGUCUGGUGUGCGCCGUCGCCCGGCAGAUUUGCCAAACCGGGUUCGCAGGUGUGCCCAUAGCCCGUCAGGCUAAGGCAUCACAGGAGGCCAUAUAUACUUACCUCACUGAGCCUAAGCUAUCAGCCGAGCAGAUAGCUCAGGUUGAGGACCCUGAAAGGUGCAGCUUGUGGACCGACACCAUCAAGAACUCGCUGCUUCUCCUUCGCGGCUUUCUCGCCGGUGGCAUCCUCGGGUUCGUUUUGGGACAGAAGCGUUGGCGCGUCAACUACGGCCUCGACCUGGAACGAAGGCCCCCAACGCGUCUGGCUGUGCCAUACAGAGCGAAGGAUUCGCCUUCCCCUCGCUCUGAGUUUUCGCACCCAGAGGUUGUUAUUUUGUUGACUUCAUUCAGCUAUUACUACGGCGGUCUUGGCGAUCAAGAUUUGUUCCAUGCGUUUGAGCAUCUCCUCCAUUCUGAUCAACCCAACCAGGAAUAUCAAGAAUGGGUCAGAGGUGUCCAGGAUCUCUCUCCUGCAUUUCAACACCUCGAAGGCAUCAACAUCAAGGAUCGCUUCCAAAUAACCACGCAAGUUUUCCCAGCACUGCGUUACUCCAAAGCUGCCGUCGACUAUUUCCUCAGGAAUGUCGUGUUUCCGAGAUUUAUGAAGGAUUUCCCCAGCAAAUUGACCGCCUCUGGGUGGGAUCUCGGCGCUGUCAAAUCCCACCCUACAACUGGAUUCAGCGGCACCAAAGACUCGCGGGAGCUUUUACCGCUAUCCGUCCAGCACCUCGACCUGAAAAAUCAGCAACAUAUCGACGCCCUGGUAAUCGAGUACCUGCUUCAGGAUGAGACUGAAGUUAUGCUGCUGCCCUCGCGCGAGGAGACAGAGACUGCGGCAAACGACGCGGAGCAGGUGCUGACGGCCGUGGUGAAUGCGUACCCAGACGUUCAUGUCAUGCUGGACGUUGGCGCGCAGAUUCUGGAGCUCAACAACCUCCAAAUGGCCAAGCAGUGGCUAGAAAUGAACAAUCAGGUGGCGGGCCUUGGGGGAACCGGCCAUACCAAAAAGCAAGCCUGCGUCUAUCUCGACGACCACGACGAACUCAGGAUCGUCGACCUCCGCGGCGCGACCGAGCUUCUGCAAACAUCGCCAUAUGCUCAGCUGCUCGAUCAAUGCCUGGUCUUUCUCGACGAGGCCCACACCCGCGGGACGGACCUUAAGCUUCCGGUCUACUACCGGGCUGCGGUCACGCUCGGACCAGCACUAACAAAGGACCGACUUAUUCAAGCCUGCAUGAGAAUGCGGCAGCUUGGCAAAGGCCAAUCGAUUCUAUUCUGCAUUCCUCCAGAGAUUCAGUCCAAGAUUUUGCAGCGGAGAGGCCCGGACCGAGACAGCGCCACUACCCCAAUAGAGGUCUCUGAGAUCAUCGAGUGGUCGAUAGCUGAGACGUGUAUCGAUCUCGAACGGUGCGUUGGCUUGUGGGCAGUCCAGGGCAAGCGGUUUGCCCACCAGCAGCACCUUUGGUAUGAGAUAAGCGGGGGAAGCAAACUUUCGGAGGACGGGAAAAAACGACAAACCAAGCAGUGGGCCGAGAAGUUCCUUGAGGACGAAGCGCGGACCAUCCAAGACCUGUACCGUCCUGGCCCUCGCCUGCCGACGUUGUGCUGCGACGGACACGCUGACCAUGAUGGCGUCAACCUCAUUGAGAAGCACGUGGCCAAGUUUGAACGUAGUGCCGACACGUCGUCGGCGACGGCACUGCAGGAGGAGCAGGAGCGAGAGCUGUCGCCCGAGAUUCAAAAGGAGAUGCAGAUCCAGAGGCCCCAUCCGGCUGAUCCGGCCGAGCACUCGCUAGACCCGGAAGUGGUGUAUUUUAUUCGCACAGGCGUCGUCCGGAAGGGUGCCAUCCCUUCGGCCUUUUCGCCGGCCUUUUCGACGCUGUCUUGCACCACGGCCGCCGCGCACCUGACCGAUAUGGACGAGUUCCCGCAGAAUCUACUCGUGACCAGGGACUUUGCCCGCACCAUCAAGACGAGCGGCCACGAGGGCAGAGGAAGCGAGAAUAAGACGGAUCAGUUCCUGCGCCCGGUGCAGUGGGUCGUGACCAGCGCCGGCGGGAGGCCGAACGACGGCGGCGGCGCCGUGGCGACAACCAUGGUGAUCAUCAGCCCCUUCGAGGCGCAGAACCUGAUCAGCGAGUUCGAGACGAAGCACCGGCGCGUCGUGCUCCACCUGUACGCGCCGCGCGUGCUGCUGGGCUUCCGGCCGCUCGACGGGCUCCGCCUGUACACGACCCCGGCCCUGUCGGACGGCUGGGCCGUGUCGCCCCGGCUGGUUCUACAGCUGAACCUCUUUUCCGGGCAGCUGUAUUUUAACUCCUUCGUAGAGUACACUGCCGUGUGCGACAUGCUGGGCCUGGACUGGAGGGGUUGUGCCGGCAAGCAGGAGCAGAGCGUGAGCGGCGUUGGGGCCGACGGCUUUGUCAACCCGGUGUUUAGGUCGACCGACCACGAGACCGGCUGCACGUUUAGGCACAGCCCUGUCGGGUUUCUGAAGGUCUUUUUGAGCAAGGUGCGCCGGGACAGUAAGGGUAUCGACAGGACCCAUAUUGGCAAGAUGUUGGAUGCGGUGCUUUUGACGGAGAAGGACUUUGUAAACUGA